UGAUAAUAAAUCGUUUAUUGUUGAAAGGAUUAUUACUUGUCUCCUUUUACAGCCCAUAAAAUUCGAUAUUUCAAAUAAAGUGAUGAAAUUAUAAAAUGAUUUUCCAUUUCUCUAAAGGAUAACUUCCAUUUGAACAUGAGGGUGAAUGUUAAUUACUGAUAAAAUAAUUGGGAUAUUAUCGGAUGACAAGACAGAGGAUUACUGAUUUGUUGUCUUGGUGUUCUCACCCUUCAAUGGACUUUGGAUGAUUUGUUAACCUCACUUUGAGUUUAGGUAAUAUGGAUAAUAUUGAAAAAUGUCGUGUUCUGGAUAUUUGCCAAUUGUUGGACUCCGUUGACUUUCUUCAGCUGUGAAUACUUCAGGAAUUCUUGUAGUGACGACAUGCAUCGAAAUAACGGAAAUUUGACGAGGAGAGCAUCUCAAAGGGGUGAAUCAGUAGAGACUGAUCCUCUGAAUCAGAGGAGACCUGGAAUUAAUCGAGUUCCACAGACAAUUGCAGAACAGCUGAGGGAGUCAUGGUUGACAGCCAUCAUUGGAUCUAUUUUAUUUGCCACUGGGAUGUGUCUCCUUUUUUGGAAUGAAGGAAAAGCAGCAUCGGUUGCUAGAUCCUUAGACGAAGCUCUGGAAAAUGUGGCCACGAUCACAGACAUGAAGAAAAUUCCACCAGAGUACGACGGAAAAUUGGUUCACCUUUCUGGACCAAUCUGGACGUCUGAACCCCUCACAGAGCCUGAUUAUGGAGUUAUCGUGGAAGGGAUUAAAUUAAAAAGAAGAGUUCAAGUCUAUCAGUGGGUGGAAAUCGAAGAGGAGAGAACUUAUGCCGGUGAAAUCCAAGAAGACAAAAAUUACUACUACACCACCGAAUGGCGUGACAAGCUGAUCGACUCAGACUCAUUCUACAUUCGCACUGGUCACGAGAACCCGAAGGAAGUCGCAAUAAAGAGUCAAGUCCAGAUAGCAGACGAGGCAGGGAUAGGUGUGAUAAAAUUGGGACUGGAACUGAAGAAGAAGUUCAAUGACUUCAUUCAGAUCACCAGUGACCAGAGACCAGAGCGUAGAGACAUAAAAAUGCACUCUGGCCUCUACUAUCACUCUUUAGAUCUGUGGAAUCCACGGGUUGGUGACUUGAGGAUUUUAUUCUCUUACGCUGGGAAAGUCGGUGAGAUCUUCUCAAUUGUGGGCAAGCUGGAGAAGGGAACAAUUGUUCCAUAUGUCACAUCCAGGGGGGAGGAGAUCCUUCUCCAGAGGAAACACAGACUUACAGUUGAUAGAAUGUUUCAUUUGGAACAUGUGCAUAAUUAUUGGCGCACUUGGACUAUCAGGGGCUUAGGGUGGCUUGUUCUGUUUGUCGCAGCUAGUUGUCUCGCCAAUAUUUUGACAACGAUUAUCCAAAACUCUUCGUUUCUCUGUGGAAUUAUAGCUAUUGAUUCAAUGACAAUGUCAGUAUCAAUGUCGAUUAGCCUUCUAGUCAUUGGAUUUGCCUGGGUGUGGUACAGGCCAAUUGUAGCUCUCUGUCUGGCAUUUGCAUCGAUGGUGCCAUUCGUAUAUUCAACCUUUACUUCGUGCAAUAGACAAAAUCAGCAGAGGGAUCAGUACAGGAGAUUCUGAUUGUUUAUUUAUUAUUUAUGUACAGUAGACUUUCGUUAUAGUCGCGUUAUAGUCAUUUUUUAAUAGGAAAUUCGAAUAAGAAAUUUAUUUUUCGGCUUUAUUUGGAUGGGAAUUCAAUUCCUCACCGGAUGACCCAAUGGAUUGUUUACAUCUUGUAAUUCUACUGUAUUUACAUUUUUUUCACAAUGACGUUCAAAUUUUAUAAUAAUGAUGCGCAUAAUUUUGUUCAAAUAAUUUUUAUUGUAGAAAAAAUCUCAUCCUUACUCCAACCUAUAAAAUAAUUAUUGAAUUAGUGGUAAUAAAGUUUAAUUUUCGUAUA